AACUACGUUCUAUGUAUAGAUACGUGGCCUUUAGACAUGAAUUCAACAAUAAUGUUCUGCUGAUGAAAAGUGAUGUAUCAAAUAGACACAAGUCGAAUAAUGCGGCUACACACGCGUAUUCAAGAAAAGACUGCUUCAAUUAGCUAACGUUAACUAGCUACUUGGGUUCGGUAUCCAGGCACAACAACAGUGUCCCCUUGAGUCAUUUAACGUUAAUAUCUAGAAACAUUUUUAAUCAGUGUUUCCCCUUAUAUAAUCAAUUUAGCAAGCUUGUCGUUGUAGCUAGCUACCAACUAACUUGUAUUUUAUCUUUGUUUUGGGGAUUUCUGAAUGUCAGUGUGAACGGGUAGAUCAUGCAUCACGUCAAGAUCAAGACUGAGAAGCCAGAUGCAGAGGGGAGUGGUGCACGCAGCCGACUAGACGCAGUAUUACAGGGGCUGGUAGAGAAGAGUGACAGUGAGAGGUGAUGGGAAAUGCUGUUUUUGCUGUUUUACAGGGAGCAAAAUGAAGACGAGACAAAGAUGGCAGAAGAGUCUCUGAGCAAGGAUGUGUCUCCAUCUUCUGCUGGGAAGCGGCCAUCGUCACGGUUUCCACAGCACCGGAGAAAGAAACGGAAAGAGAUGGAUGAUAGCUUAACAGAGAGCAACCAACAUAAACAAAAUGCCUACAUUAUCAAGUUGUUUGACCGCAGUGUGGACCUGGCCCAGUACACCACCAGUACCCCACUUUACCCCAUUUGCAGGGCCUGGAUGAGGAACAACCCGGCAGUGAGAGAGAGAGCUGCAUCCCCAAGCCCCCCACACAGCAUGGGGGAAGAGGAGGCUGCAGACAUGCUCAAUGGUAAGGGACAAAAUGUGUAUCGCCUCCCUCCGCCCCUCACCUGUCCUCUCAACUCUUCUGGAGAUCCUGUCAAUCUGAGGAUCCCAUCCACAGAAAAGCCUAUCGUUAGCAAGUCUACAGAUACAGCUCUUGUGUCUGGUCCCCUCAUAUACAACCACAUAGAACGCUGGAAAAAGAUAAGGCAAAAAUGGAAAGAAGCGUCCAACAAGAAUCAGCUGAGGUAUAGCGAGAGCAUCAAGAUCCUGAAAGAGAUGAAGGAAAUGUACGACCGCUAGCUGGGAAUCCUCCAGGUAGUAUCCCACAGCAGAGGGAAGAGAAAAGAAUAGAGCAGGUAGGAGCUACGAGGAAGUCAUCUACCCCAGGACGCUGCCCUAGUCCUCUACCCAAGGAGGCCAUUGCGUGUGACAAUGUCAGAGGAGCCUCAUGGAGCCCAUUUUUACCAUAUACUGCCACAUUUAAGGACCCAAAGUCCUCGUUUUGAAAAUGUAGCAAUACUUUCAGCAAGUUGAUGCUUCUGGUGGGCCCAAGUUCACCUGUGACUGGUGUAUUGGGAUUCUUGGAUAAUAAUUACAUUAAUGUUUUUUGUCAUAUUACAGAAUAUCUGGUAAUGCAUUAUAUAGUCUGUUGUCGAUCCCACAAUGUGUCAUGAAAAGUUUGUAAACAGGUUAAGUAGUGUACAACAUUUGUCUAAAUUCUGGGAUACUCUAAAUCAAUUCCAAUGGUAAAUAUUAAGUCUCACACAUGUCUCCCUAAUUUAAAGUAAGUAAACUGUGUAAAAAAGUUAUAAAGUAUUGAGCUAUUGUAAUUUAUUUAUCGCUAUAAUAAAUCUACCAGAGUGCUGUUUUUACAGUUGA